CUGCCGGAAAGAGCCGAAGCGGCGGCGGGCGGGCGGCACCGCGCCUGCGCGGGGGGGAGGCCCCGCCGGUUGGCGGCCGGCGCUCCGCAGUGGGGUGGGGGGGGGAAGCGGAGCGGGGCGGGCGGCGGGAGGAGGCCGGCCGGGGAGCGCAGCAAUGGCCGUGGUGGGCAUCGACCUCGGUUUCCUCAACUGCUACAUCGGCGUGGCGCGCAGCGGCGGCAUCGAGACCAUCGCCAACGAGUACAGCGACCGCUGCACGCCAGCUUGUAUAUCUUUAGGAUCCAAGACCCGGGCCAUUGGGAACGCAGCAAAGAGCCAGAUUGUCACAAAUGUAAAAAAUACAUUGCAUGGCUUCAAAAAACUGCAUGGAAGAGCCUUUGAAGAUCCUUACAUACAAGCUGAAAGGGCCAAACUUCCUUAUGAGCUUCAGAAGAUGCCGAAUGGCUCUGUAGGAGUAAAGGUGAGAUACCUCGAUGAAGAGAGACUGUUUGCAGUUGAACAAAUUACAGGAAUGUUACUGGCUAAGCUUAAAGAGACUUCAGAAAGUGCUCUGAAGAAACCAGUGGCAGACUGUGUGAUCUCAGUACCCAGUUUUUUCACUGAUGCUGAGAGAAGGUCUGUAAUGGCAGCUGCUCAGAUUGCAGGACUAAAUUGUCUGAAGUUGAUGAAUGAAACUACAGCAGUUGCACUAGCCUAUGGAAUAUACAAGCAAGAUCUGCCGGCCUUGGACGAGAAACCAAGAAACGUGGUCUUUGUAGAUAUGGGGCAUUCUGCAUACCAAGUCUCCAUCUGCGCUUUUAACAAGGGAAAACUGAAGGUCUUAGCUACUACUUUUGACCCCUUUUUAGGUGGAAGGAAUUUUGAUGAGGCUUUGGUAGACUACUUCUCUGAAGAAUUUAGGACAAAAUACAAGCUGAAUGUAAAAGAGAAUCCCCGAGCGCUGCUACGAUUGUAUCAGGAAUGUGAAAAACUAAAGAAGCUUAUGAGUGCAAAUGCCUCUGAUCUUCCACUCAAUAUUGAAUGCUUCAUGAAUGACCUUGAUGUCUCCAGCAAGAUGAACAGAGCUCAGUUCGAGCAGUUGUGUGCUGCCCUUCUGUCCAGAGUGGAACCUCCUCUAAGAGCAGCCAUGGAACAAGCAAAACUUGACCGUGAAGAUAUCUACAGUAUAGAAAUAGUAGGUGGGGCUACUAGAAUUCCAGCAGUGAAGGAACAGAUCUCUAACUUUUUCUGUAAAGAAAUAAGCACCACACUAAAUGCUGACGAAGCUGUUGCAAGAGGCUGUGCCUUGCAGUGUGCAAUACUUUCCCCAGCUUUUAAAGUGCGUGAAUUUUCCAUCACUGAUGUUGUUCCUUAUUCCAUAACGUUAAGAUGGAAAUCAUCUUAUGAAGAAGGAACAGGGGAAUGUGAAGUCUUCAGUAAGAACCAUGCUGCUCCAUUCUCAAAAGUAAUUACUUUUCACAAGAAAGAGCCUUUUGACCUGGAAGCUUACUAUACCCAUCCACAUGAAGUGCCUUAUCCUGAUUCCAGAAUAGGGCGUUUCACUAUUCAAAAUGUUGGUCCCCAACACGAUGGUGACAAUUCCAAAGUGAAGGUUAAAGUGCGUGUCAAUAUUCAUGGCCUUUUCAGUGUGGCUAAUGCUUCUAUAAUAGAGAAGCAGAAUAUAGUGGGAGAUCACAAUGACACACCUAUGGACACUGAAUCAUCAAGUAAGAACCAAGGCAGAGAUGAUGAGCUGGAUAAAAUGCAGGUUGAUCAAGAUGAAGGUAUUCAGAAGAGUCAAGGUGAACAACAGAGCCAAGCAGAUGAGGAAACUGAAAACGCAGGAAAUGAAACAAAAGUUGCUUCUGGAGACAAGCAAGAUCAUCCAACCCAGCCAAAGGCUAAAGCGAAAGUUAAGAGUAUUGACCUACCUAUACAGGCAAGCCUCUACAGACAACUAGGACAAGAUCUUAUCAAUUGCUAUAUAGAAAAUGAGGGGAAGAUGAUGAUGCAAGACAAACUAGAGAAGGAAAGAAAUGAUGCUAAAAAUGCUGUUGAAGAAUAUGUAUAUGACUUCAGAGACAAGCUGUGUGGAGUCUUUGAGAAGUUCAUCACCGAAGAAGAUACAAACAAGCUGACCUUGAUGUUGGAAGACACGGAAAACUGGCUUUACGAAGAUGGAGAGGACCAGCCAAAACAAGUGUACAUGGAUAAGCUUCAGGAAUUAAGAAAAUUUGGACAGCCUAUUCAGGAAAGAUACAUGGAACAUGAAGAGAGACCAAAAGUUUUAAAUGAACUCGGAAAAAAGAUUCAGCUACUUAUGAAAGCAGUAGAAGCAUACAAAAAUAAGGAUGAAAAAUAUGAUCACCUAGACCCUGCUGAGAUGGAAAAAGUUGAAAAAUACAUUAGUGAGGCUAUGAAUUGGUUGAACAGCAAAAUGAAUGCCCAGAACAAACUAAGUCUAACUCAGGAUCCAGUUGUCAAAGUGGCAGAAAUACUGUCAAAAUCCAAGGAACUGGAUAGCUUGUGUAAUCCUAUCAUAUACAAGCCCAAACCCAAGGUAGAACCUCCUAGUGAUGGGCAGUCCAAAGCUAAUGGUGAACACAAUGGACCAGUGAACGGACAGAGCGGUACUGAAACAAGACCUGAUCCAGCGAAGGACAAUUCUCAGCAGACCAAACCAUCUGGAGAAAUGGAAGUGGACUAAACCUUGCUUUUCUUUUACUUAAUUAAAAUAGUGCAAGUAACCACAGGGUCCAUUCUUUCUGUCUGGUACACACCUCAGAUGUUCAGUUAUUCUUAGCCAACCUUCUGUCAUUUGUUGCUGAGUAGUUUUGAAAGUGUUUCAUAUUAAGUACACCUCUGAUGUUCAUUUCCACUGAUGCUGCUUAUGUGGAGCUUUAGCCAAAUGUAGAUUGUAUAAGUCAGUUUAAGCUUUCCCAAUAUAUUUUAUAUCAAACAUACAGAAUUGAUAUAUAAAUGGCAACAAUCUACCUUAUUUAAAGCUUUUAUUGUGGAUAAACCUCAGCUCCUUUAUUCAGGAAAGGAUACUGUAUUGCACUACUGAUGCUCAAGUGUAGAUCUAAUUGCAUCUUUAUUUUGGAAAAAUAUUGGAAUUGAAGUGGCAAAACUUGUCACUUGAAGCACUGACCUUUUCUAGUUAUUGUAUUGUUAUAAUUUAAAUAUUAAAAUAGAGGUUAGUUGGCA